AUGGUUCCAGUUAAACUUCUCAUUCUGGGAGCUCAGAACACUGGGAAAACAGCGCUGUGUGUUCGUUUCAUAACCAAGCGAUUUAUUGGUGAAUACGACCAUAAAAAGGAGGUGACCUACAAAUGCAGCCGGGUGGUGGAUCAGGAAGCUGUCGAUCUGGAGAUUCUGGACUUAACUUGGAAGGUAAAUAUUGACUUUUAUUUGUACUCUGUAGCUUCUCUGGAGUCUUCCAUUCGCUGGGCUGAUGGUUUCCUGCUGCUGUACUCCAUCACACAGCGCUUCAGCUUCCUGGAGGUCCCACAACUCAAGACGCUCAUUGACCAAACCAAGCAGAAUCUGGUGGUUCCCGCGGUGCUGGUCGCCAAUAAGGCAGAUUUGGAAAUCGGCAGGCAGGUGACAACAGACGAAGGACAGAGACUAGCCAAGGAUUUAAGGUGUGGUUUCAGAGAGUUGUCUGUGGCUGAAGCAGUCCUAGCAGUGGAAGCAGCAGUGCUUCAGCUCAUCAGGUUGGUGUUGGAUCAGCAGCGCCCUCUGCCUGAACGUCGCUCAUACAUGUUGACUGUUCGUCACGCUCUGACCAGGAAACUGACCAGAUCUAAGACCAUGCAGUGGUGA